ACCUAAGUUAGCGCCAUCCGAGACCCAUGCAGAUUGAUAGAAUCCAGGUUUGAGAGGGAGAGGGUUGUGGGGGGAAGCGGGCACUGUCCACCAACUGAUGUGCUCCAUGCGUCCAGAUAGUCGUUAAGUUGUACUUGGGAAGCUAGAGCCUGCCGAACUUCGCGCAGCGACAGUGUACGGUAGGAGAGCUGAUUUCAUCAGUUCUGAUCUGGAGGGUUCAUGCUCAAUUGGUAGCGUAUGUAGAGGGCCUGUUUGCGUCUCUAAGCACGCAGACGACGCUAUGAUGCAGUGUUGAGUAACUUGACGCCAAGCUCUGGGUGGAAGUUGGCCGAUGCGACGCUGAAGCAGCACAACAUUGUGAGCCGUGUGCUGGCAGUGAUGGACUUUUUUCGACGCUGAGGGCAGUUUUGGUCACAGGAAUUAGAGAUUGAAACUUGUAAUUUGAUGCAUGGAGCCACAGAGGAUGGACAAUCGGAAAAUUCUUGGAAUAGCAGAUCUAGGGAGCUUAAAGAAUCGAGCUUCCUACUUGCUGAAAGACAGCCUCAAAAUUGCGCGUCUUGCUUUGGUGGAUGUCACUACCACAGAACUCCUGACGGAGGAUGCUACUAACGCUGAUGAGUGGGGGCCGACCACGAAGCAAAUGGCUGAAAUUUCGAAACUUCUAGUCAACUCUGAAGAUUAUCUGCGUGUCGUGCAAGUCCUCCACAAGAGGUUCGCUCUUAGGACCCAAAAAUACUGGAGACAAAUUCACAAGUCGCUCAUUCUUCUGGAGUAUCUGCUGGGCCACGGUCCAGAUCAUUUAGUGAUGGAGUUUCGUGAAGACAAAGACAGACUCGAGGAACUCACUCGCUUCGUUUACGUAGAUUGGAAGGGUAUUGACAGAGGCUCAGCUCUUCAAAGAAGAGCCACGCGUGUGCUUCAUUUGCUGAUGAAUGAGGCAGCUUACAUGGGGCACCGCACACAAUCUCAGAAAACCUCGCGAGGCAUUUCUGGUUUCGGUAGUGAAUCUCUAUGGAUCAAUUGUGAUAGCCCAGAGUAUGAUCCUCACAUUUUUAAUCCCCGGAGCAAAUUAGUUUCCGACGUAUUACAUAGCAAUUCAACAGAAGAAUCGACAAUACUAUUGGUCAACGAAGAGUAUCGACAUUCUACAAUCCCACUUGGUGUCCAACAGACCCCCACAUACUCAGAUUCUGUCAGGGAAUGGGAGGCUGACAACUUUUCGCCGAACACGAGCGAAAAAAGCUGGGGUACACCGUCGAGAUCGCCAGGCGGUGAGAGCCCUAGUGCAAAUGGUCGUUGCACUAAUUCUUUCGGCAGUGAUGGAAAUCCCAACGAAGAAUCACCAUCUUUCGCCGCGUCAUUCUGCAAGACCGCGCAAACUUCGGUCAAGGGUAGUUAUGCGUCUGGAAUUGGAUUAACAAUAAUUGUCCCCGUGCCGCAGGACCAACGUCCACUGGCACCAAAAUUCGAGGAUCGUCAUUCGGAUAGUACCAGUCCAGUAGUGCAGAAAUUGCCACCUCCUCCACCCACGGCAGAGUAUAGAUACGUCAUGUCUCGGCCGCUUCAAACUAGUCCAAUGACUACAUCCCCACAAUCCAAGAGAGCAGAAUUGAAGCGCGAUACAACACCGGAUCUCAUCGUCCUUUGACUGCAAUCCAAAUUGUGGCGUCUGUUUAUGGUGCUCGUCAACAACAUCAUUGACCAAGUGGGUACAAUCAAAACAUCGUCUUAGUGCUCCCAGAUUACGAAGAUAACCACGGACUGAUGACCUUCAAACAAAUUCAAGUUCGAAAGCACUGCCGAUAACAAGUUCAUGCGAAGCCUCGCCGGAUCGUGAUCAGUUGAGACAUCAUCACCGACACCGCGAGCAACGAUAUGUUUUGUUUAUUAGUUUUGCAUUUUUGUUGUAACGGAGCCAUGUUCGAUGAACUUUUUUGCAUCAGUUUAACGGUAAGAGAUAGUGAAUCAAUCCCAGGUCGACAAGGUUCACGAUUUCAUGUAAGAAUCCAGAAGGAGAAGACAAAACAGUUGUGUCGGUAUAAUGGCAUUUCGAACAAUUCAGUGAAGUCGUAGAAAAGUUUACGUCAUGACAUCUUUGUGUAAAAUAAGCCCAUUUUGUAAAAGUCUAUUUAGUAGGAUGAACAAUAGAGCAUUGGGAGAGAUAUUGAAUAGUAUAUUUUUAUUUUUAUUUUUUUAUUAAUAGAAUUCUGCAUUGUAAUAGUUUAAUCAAUUUUA